AUGUACGUGUUGUUAUCGCAUCAUAAAGCCGAACUAGAAAAUCUGGCUGUUGCAACCAAUAGUCAUUAUUAUGGUAUGCCACAUAAAAAUUCGUUUACUCGCUUUGGCCAUGAAAUUGAUUUAAAGCAUAUGGAUGGUGCGUUUCGAUCACCACGAAAUUCUGUGGUGAAAAUUGGUCCAUAUAAUGACUGUAUGCAAAUAUUUCGUUCUAAUAAUAUUCCCCACAGAUAUUCAACUGAUCAUCAACAACGAAUGCGUAAAACGAAGAAAAGGGAUUUUAAGCAAAGUCGACCACCAAAACGUAAAGUAGGUCGAUUAAUCGGUGAAGAUAUUUUGAAAAUUACGCAUUUGAGAGAUUGGCAUCAUAAUAAAAGUAGUUGCGAUGAUCAAAUUCUUAAUACGAGUAAUGAAGCUGAAAUUAUUAGUACAGCUAUAGCAAAUGCGAUAACCAAAAUGAGUGGAAGUAAGCCGCGUUGGGCAUCGCAAAAAAGUAUUGAAUCAACAACAUCAGCAUCGAAUUCCUGUUCAACAACACCAGUUAUGCAACGACGUCAACAACGUAGCACACAUUUAACGGACAGUUCAAGCGAGUCAGUUGGAUCUGUUGAGAUCGUUCUCGAAUCACUGCGUCGUUCAUUAGCAAAACAAGCGGCAUUAACUGGCCGAAAACCAUGUAAUAAGCUUAGCGAAGGUGCUUCAGUUGUUGUUGAACAAGACGAAUUGAUAACACGUUCUGCAAAUUAUAAUAAUCAUGAAGAACAAAAUUUUGUGGAUCAAAAAUUAGCCGAUUAUAAGCAAAUAUGUGAUUUGCAUUUAGGAAAAGAAGGAAAUAUUCGAAUAUCAGAUCUGAGUUGUUGUUGGUUUUUCUAUAAUGCUCAAAUUUUGAAACAUUGCCGUAAUUUAUCAUUACAGAGGCCAAAAAAGAAACCGCUACAUGAAUAUUACAACGAUGAUGAUAUUGAACUCGAAGCUCUUGCGAAAGUAGUGGACCCAUCAGCACCUCGACCAGAGGGUGUUAUUAUCAGUCCAGCUCGUGGUGAUCAUGCUUCGGUCUCAACAAGUCUACCUCGAUCAAUUGAUUCGGCUUUACAUCGAUAUGGCACCACUCAACAGAAAGCUAUUGCUGCUGUUGUCUUGGAUCAUUCCGGAAAACCUGCAUAUUCGAUUACUUACGGAAAAUUGUUGAAUCGUGCAAUUAAGGUUGCACACAUGCUUCUGAUGAAGCAAAUAUCUGGAUCAAUGGGUAAAGAAAAGUUUCAUCUUUGCAAAACUGGCGAUCGUGUUGCUUUGGUGUAUCCAAAUACUGAGCCUUUAUCAUUUUUGGUUGCUUUUUACGGGUGCCUACUUGCGGGUGUCAUUCCUGUCCCAAUUGAAGUUCCUAUUACUAAACGAGAUGCGGGUAUUCAACAGUUAGGAUUCUUAUUGGGAAGCUGUGGUGUGAAAGUUGCUCUAACAUCAGAAGCAUGCUAUAAAGGUCUGCCUAAGCGACAGUCUUCUAGUCAUUCGAAUGGCAGUGGUCCGAUUAUGCCGGGCAAUGACAUAGUUGAUUUCAAAGGAUGGCCUCAAUUAGCUUGGGUGGUCACAGAACAUUUGAAUAAACCUCCCAAAGAUUGGUCAGUUCCACCUCGAAUUACUGAUGAAUCAAUUGCUUAUAUUGAAUAUACAUCUGAUAGGGAAGGUAGUAUGAAGGGAGUAUGUUACACGCGGCAAUCAAUGGUCGCUCAUUGCAGAUCUAUAACAACAGCAAUGGGAUAUAAUGAAUCUGAUAUUAUGGUUUCUGUUUUGGAUUUUAAACGUGAAACUGGUCUUUGGCAUUCUGUUCUUUCAAGUGUAUUCGCUGGCCUUCGUGUCAUAUUCAUUCCAUAUUCAUUAAUGAAAAUUAAUCCGGCAUCGUGGAUGCAGAUGGUUACAAGAUAUCAAGCAAAAUUUGCUCUUGUUAAAUCACGUGAUUUGCAUUGGGGCCUAUUAGCGACAAGGGACCAUAAAGACAUCAAUUUAUCAUCUUUAAAGUCAAUUUUGGUGGCAGAUGGUGCUAAUCCUUGGUCACUGUCUUCUUGUGAUCAAUUCGCAUCAACAUUUCAUUCUAAGGGUCUUCGGCCAGAUGCUCUUUGUCCUUGUGCUGGUUCUUCUGAAACUGGUUCCAUUUCCUUGCGAAGACCAGCUGUUGAAGAAAAUAUCUGCAAUACAGGUCGUGGCGUAUUAUCAAUGUCAGCUCUAAGUCAUUCGGUGGUUAGGGUUGAUAGAGAGAAUUCUCUUACCUCAUUAACUCUUCAAGAUGCUGGUCAAGUCAUACCAGGUGGAGUAGCUAUAGUUGUUAAACCUAGCGGGCCACCUCGCUUAUGUCGUGCUGAUGAAAUCGGCGAGAUUUGCAUUCAUGCUCAUAGUACAGGUUGUGCCUAUUGGGGCCUAGAUGGAUUGUCUACUUUCACUUUUAAGGUUGAACCAUUAGCUGCAGAUGAUCGACCACUUGGUCCACUUCCGUAUGUGCGCUCUGGUCUUCUUGGUUUUCUUGGGCCUAAUGGUUUGGUCUUCGUAAUUGGAAAUAGAAACUCCCAAAUGCUUGUUUCCGGUCGUCAGCACAGCGCAGAUGAUCUUAUUGCUACCGUUCUUGCCGUUGAGCCUAUGAAAUUCAUUUAUCGUGGUAGAAUAGCUAUAUUUUCAAUUCGAGUUCUUAGAGAUGAAAGGAUAUGUAUUGUUGCUGAACAGAAACCAGGCAUAUCUGAGGAGGACUCUUUCAGUUGGAUGAGUCGUGUUCUACAAGCAAUUGAUAGUAUCCAUCAAGUUGGAAUAUAUUGUCUUGCUCUGGUUCCCUCGAAUCAGUUACCAAAAACACCACUUGGUGGUAUUCAUAUGUCUGAAACAAGACAGCGUUUCAUUGAUGGUACACUUCAUCCAGCAACUUUACUUAUGUGCCCACACAGUUGUGUUAUCAAUCUUCCAAAACCGCGUGAACAACAAUCUGACAUUGGCCCUGCUGCAAUGUUCGUUGGCAACAUUGUGCAAGGAAUGCGUAUUGCUGGAGCAAAAGGUCGAGACAUUGGACCCGACGAUGAUAAAAUGAGUCUAAUUGACGUACUUCGUCAGCGCUCUCAAACAUCACCUGAACACGUAUUAUUCACAUUGAUGAAUGCUCGGGGAACUGAAGUAGAUAGUGUUACUUGCCUGCAGUUAUUGAAAAAAGCGGAACGUAUUGGUUCAUUACUUAUAGACAAAGGACAUUUAAAUGCAGGCGAUCAUGUGGCUUUGAUUUUUCCUCCUGGCAUAGAUUUAAUCGCAGCAUUUUAUGGAUGUCAAUCUGUUGGACUUGUUCCUGUAUGUAUUCGUCCGCCUCAUCCUCAUAAUCUGCAAACUACUUUGCCAACUGUUCGCAUGAUUGUUGAUGUAUCAAAAGCAGUGGCACUUCUUUCUACCUCAGCUAUGAUUAAAUUGUUAAAAUGUAAAGAAGCUUCCAUACGCGUUGAUGCAAAAGCUUGGCCCACUAUACUCGAUGUCGACGACAUGUCAUCAUCCAGUAAAAAAAGGAUUGAAUUUGAAACUUAUGAAAGAAAACUAUCAGAUGUUUGUUAUUUGGAUUUCUCUAUUAGCACAACUGGUCAACUUGCUGGAAUAAUGGUUAGCGGUAAGGGAGUGGGAGCAUUAUGUCGGAGUUUGAAGGUGGCUUGUGAAUUGUAUCCAUCUCGGCACAUUACAUUAUGUCUUGAUCCUUACUGUGGCCUUGGAUUUGCAUUGUGGUGUUUAUCUAGUGUAUAUUCCGGUCACCAUUCUUUGUUAAUUCCACCAUCAGAAGUUGAACAAAAUCCAGCUUUAUGGUUGACCGCAGUUUCCCAAAGAAAGGUUCGUGAUACGUUUUGUUCGUAUGGUGUAAUGGAAUUGUGCGUAAGAGAAUUAGCACCACAAAUCGCAUUGUUAAAGGAUAAAGGAAUUUCAUUAUCAUCAAUUCGCACUUGUGUCGUUGUCGCUGAGGAGCGACCUCGGGUGGCAUUAUGUACCGCAUUUACGAAAUUGUUUUCUCCAUUGGGGCUUAAUGCUCGCGCAGUUUCAACUUCUUUUGGUUGCAGAGUGAAUACAGCAAUUUGUAUGCAAGGAGCAUCAAGUCCUGAUCCUGCAACAGUUUACGUUGAUGCUCGUGCAUUACGCAAUGAUCGAGUGACUUUAGUUGAAAAGGGAGCUCCGCAUAGUAUCGCUCUAAUGGAAAGUGGAAAGUUACUACCUGGAGUUGAAGUUGUUAUAGCUAAUCCAGAAACGAAAGGCCAGUGUGCUGACUCACAUCUUGGCGAAAUCUGGGUGACUAGUGCUCAUAAUGCCAUGGGUUAUUUCACAGUUUAUGGUGUUGAAACAUCACUUCAUGCUGAUCAUUUCAAUGCAAGGUUAACUACUGGUGAUACCAAGAAACAGUUUGCACGGACUGGUUAUACUGGUUUUCUUCGACAGACGCAGUCGAUUACAGCAGAUGGAGAAUUACAUGACGCUGUGUUUGUUGUUGGUGCAUUAGAUGAAACGCUCAUGUUACGUGGAAUGCGAUAUCAUCCUGUCGAUAUUGAGGCAACUGUUAUACGCGCCCACAAGAAAAUAAUGGAAUGCGCAGUGUUUACAUGGACACAUUUGCUUGUUGCUGUUGCUGAAACUGAAGGAUUGGAAUCAGAAGCUCUUGAUUUGAUACCUGCGAUAACUUCUGCUAUAUUAGAAGAUCAUCAUUUAAUUGUCGGUGUAGUUGUUAUUGUUGAUCCUGGUAUCAUACCAAUAAAUAGCCGUGGUGAGAAACAACGAAUGCACUUAAGAGACGCUUUUCUACACGAUCAGCUUGAUCCGAUAUAUGUGGCUUACAAUAUGUAG